AAAAUUUCACGCCCAUUCCGUUACGCCCACACAAAACGCACCCUAAAGAGAACACCGUUUGUCGACCACGUCUCGUCGUUUUAACGCAAUAUCAGUCUGCUGGCUUCGCAGAUAAGAACGCACCUCUCGUUCUCUCAGCUGAGCACAAUCCAUACUCACAUUGCACAGCGCAGAAACUAAAAAAGCUUCAUCAAAUCUCUGAAUUUGAAGAAGAAGCAGAAGAAGAUGUCGUGGCAAACAUAUGUAGAUGAGCAUCUUAUGUGCGAAAUCGAAGGCAAUCAUCUCUCUGCUGCCGCCAUCAUCGGCCAAGACGGCAGCGUUUGGGCCCAGAGCUCCAACUUUCCUCAGGUGUUUGGAGAUUCUAGAAGACCCAUUGCACAUACUGUAAAUUCUAGAACACUCACUUCACGUUCUGCAGAUGAUGGAAGGCAUGCCCACGGAGCAGUUUUUCAAACCAUUGACCAUCCUGGACCUUCCUCUCCUAUUUAAAAUAGAGAACGCUUGCUUUAGUAAAGUCCAGCAGACCAUAAGGUUUCACACACCAAAUGAGUGCAAGUCACUAAAAUUUAGGGUCUAAGAAACAGAAUUUAAUAUGCUGAGAACAUCGGAUUAGUAAAUUAUUGCCAAAUGUGAUUAUAUAUAGAUAGGGUUGUUGACUGUGCGAUAUGUUUAUGCCUUUCAAACAAUUUAGGCUUAUUAGAAUUUGUCAUAUAUAAUUUAGGUUUAUUAGAAUAGUUUUGCUUAUUUAAAAAAAAAUUACUCAUUUAAUUUAUAACUCUUGAAUGUUCCUCUACCUAAUCUUAACAUCUUGAUGAUAAUAACGAUCUCGAUUUCUACUAAAGAGCACAUAAAAAUCAAAUUCUAAAAUUAGGGAGGUCUUUCAUGCUGGAAGCCAUGUCUUUAACUAUGCAUGCUUGAAGCCAUACCUUUCUUACUUGUUUUAUAAUUCAAUCACUCACUCAUUAAUGAUUAAUUAAAUCAUAAUUUAAAAAUAUACAAACACGUCUCAUAAAUAAGUUAAUGUUAUAGCUUGUUAAUCCUUACUUUAUUUUUCUCUCUCCCUUGUUGACAUUUAAGAGUAAACACAAUAGAAUUAGAAUAAGUUUUUUUUUUUCUGUAAAAAAAAAGAGUUGAAUUGACACAAAUUAUGAAUUAAAUUAAAGCAUAUUAAAUAAAAAUUAAUAUUAUAUUAUGCUUAUGCUUUUCAAACAAUUUAGGCUUAUUAGAAUUUGUCAUAUAUAAUUUAGGCUUAUUAGAACAGUUUUCCUUAUUAAUGAAAAAAAAAAAGAUACUCAUUUAAUUUUACAACUCUUGAACGUUUUUCUACCUAAAUUCAAAGUUUUGAUAAUAGUAACGGUCUCGAUUUCCACUAAAGAGCACGUGAAAAUCAAAUUCUAAAACUGGGGAGGUAUUUCAUGCUUGAAGUCAUGUCUUUGAGUAUGUAUAUGUCUGAAAAUAAUCGAUUUAAAUAAUUUAGGCUACGUUAUCAUAACAGUAAUAAAUUAUAAAUAUAUGUGAUUAAUUCAAAAAAUAAUAAAAUUCUGUGAACAAAAUUUAAUUUCUAUUUGGUUACUGAUUACCCACAAGCGAUGCUAUUUUACAAUGAAAAUAGUUGUAUGAUACUAACACAGGUAAUUUACAGUGAAUUAUUUAUAAAAUUGAGCUAUUUUACUAGUCACAAAUAAUUAAUUGUUGAUAUGUAUGUCCUUUAUGGAAACCAAUAAUAAGCAGUAGCUGGUUGCCACGUAUAUGACUAAAGCUUUCUCAAUGCAAUAUUAAUUCCAUGAAGACAACAUCACGUGACAACUUGUGUGCUUGGAAAAGUAAGAUUUAAAUUACAGAUUGAGUUGUAAAAUAACAAGUUUUACAUUAGGAGCUUAAGUUAAGCACAAUAAAUAAAUAAAUAAAUACUCACAUGAAUUUUAUUUUAAUAGGAGAAAUGUCCAAUUUUAAAAUUAAUUAAAAAUCAAUUUUUUUUAUCAAAAAUAAAAGUUAAAAAUAAAUAAAUAAAAAAUCUAGGACAAGCAAGCUUAAUUAAAAUUUCAAUCCUAUUAACAAAUAUAA